AUGAGCUCAUCCAGGGCUGUGAGCAGCGGCUGGCUCAGUUCCGUGGGCUCUCUGGCUCCCUCCUCAGGGUGGCUCCAGGCAUCUCAGGAUCAGCUGCCUGCGAAGGAGCCCAGCCUGGACACCGAGGGCAUGCAGCGCAGAGUCCAGCAACUCCAGGACUUGUGUGACGACUGGGAGUCCCAGGGAGCCCGGGUCCAGGAGCUGAACAAGACCGGCUCAGAGCUGGAGUCCACCAUCAUCGGCAUCACCGCACCACAGACCAAGACCGUUGAUCCUCAGAUCAACGGUUCAGCCAACCCAGGCAGUGUUAACGGCAUCCAUACCUGCAAAGACCUGACGGAGCUGCAGGUGGCGGUGGCGGAGGUGAACGGCCGCUACGAGUCGCUGGGCUCUGAGCUGAAGGAGCGCCACGGCCGGCAGCAGGCCGCCCUGGAGCUCCGGCAGCAGGCCAGCCAGGGGGCCCAGGAGCUCAGCAGCUGGCUGAGGGACCGCGAGCACAGCCUGGAGCAGGGCCACAACGCCUCCCCCUCCAAACCCGAGGUGGUGCGUGCCAAGGCUCAGGAGAACAAGGCGCUCCUCAGGGAGCUGACGGAGCACUCGGGGAAGGUGGAGGAGCUCAAGGCCUCGCUGACGAAGCUGAUAGCCGACAACCCCGACUCCCCUGAGGCAGCCUCCUGGAGGCAGCAGUUGCAGGAGCUGGACUCCCGCUGGCAGAAGGCCAAUGAGACCGCAGCACAGAGGCAGACGGAGCUGGAGACCUGUGCUGAUAGGCUGGGCAGUUUUGCCACGGCGGCCAGUCAGCUGGGGCCGUGGCUGCGGGAGAAGGAGCUGAUGAUGAGCGUGCUCGGACCGCUGAGCAUAGACCCCAACAUGCUCAACACGCAGAAACAACAAGUACAGUUCAUGCUGCGCGAGUUCGAUACCCGCCGGCCCCAGUACGACGAGCUGACCCAGUCUGCGGAGGGCAUCCUCUCCCAGUCUGGAGACGCCCCCCAGGACCCUAAGGACCUGCAGGAGGUUCGGGCCGAGCUGGGCUCCAUCUCGAAGCAGUGGGAGGACCUGACGUCCCGCCUGGACCUGAGGUCGGGCCGCAUCGACCGGGCCCAGGGCACCAGCGAACGCUACCAGGCCCUGCUGAAGGAGCUGGCAGCCAGCGUGGGCGACCUGGGCGAGCGGCUGGACGGCCAGGCCUCGCUCAGCGCCCAGCCCGAGGCCCUGAGGAGCCGGCUGCAGGAGACGGGCGAGGUGCGCUCGGAGCUGGAGCUCCGCCGCGCCGAGCUAGGCGAGGCGGAGAGGCUGUGCGAGGAGCUGAGCGCCAUCGUGGACGAGCCUUACCUGAGGGAGGAGCUCAGCAAGCGGCUGGAGGCCGUCGGAGCGCCGCUACGGAGUCUGGAGGAGCGCGCCGCCGACGGUCAGUCUCCCAGCUCAUGCCGCCCUCGUCCUCCACCCAGCAGGUCCAGCAGAUGUUCGACGAGCCUGCGCUGCUGGCUGGACAACCAGGCGGGACACCAGGGACGUCCUCGGCCGACUCCUGCCCUGCCAGCCGGAGGCGCUGCGCUCCCUGCUGCCCACGCCGAGGACCUCCAGCGUGGCAUCGCCGCCCCGCGGGCUCCUACGAGUCCUCCGGGCCGAGGGCGCCUCGCGGCUGCUCGCCGCCUCCCCCGCCGGAGGGGAACGGCGCCUCGGCCCUGCAGUCGCGCGCUGUCCGGCCUGCGCCAGGACUGGACGGCAGACCAGAGGGCCACCGACCGGCAGAACCGCCUCAAGUCCACCCUGGCCAAGGCGGAGACUUACCAGAAGCCACCGGGCGGAGCUGGUGCCCUGGCUGGAGGAGUGCGAGGGGAAGGACGUGGGAAUACGGCCGUCGCUGGACCCCGCCGCCCUGACGGGCCCUGCAGAGGGCCCCGGACGCUCUCCAUGGACCUGGACUGA